AUGUUGACUAGAAACAUCCUUAUCAAAAAUUCCCCUGCAAUUACGACCACCAGAACCGUUCUUUUCAAUAAUUUAUUAUUAAAAAGGAAUUUAAGUAGCACUCAUAUUACCAAUACCAACCAAAUCACUGAAGAACAUAUUAAAGAUUCCAAGAAUUUAACAUGGUCUGAGUUUUUCAAUUUAAGAAAGAGCGAACGUAGACUAAAUAUGGGCUCAUCAAUUUUUACAGCUUUUAUUGGUUCUAAUUUGUCCUGGAGUUAUAUUUCUACAAUGGAAAUUGAUCCAACCCAAACCAUCUUGGGAUUUGAUCCAUUACUUGUUAUCGUUGCUGGUAUUAUGUCAUGCGCAGGGCUAGGAUUUUUAUGUGGUCCAGUUUUAGGAACCAUGUUAUUUAAUUUUAAGAAUUCUAACAAUUUAAAAAGUUACUCUGCCAAAAAUAAAAUUUUCUUGGAACAUGUUAUCAAAAAUAGAGUUGAUGCUUCUUCCCAAAGUUUCUCUAAUCCAGUUCCAGAUUACUAUGGUGAAAAGAUUGGGUCUUUGGUUGAAUAUAGACAGUGGCUAAGAGAUUGUCAUACUUACAGAAAUAAGGCUAAAGAAUUUAUUUAA